AUGGCCGGUCAGCAGAUCGAUCUCGCGACUCUGCCAGUCCAACAGCUGUCACAAGUAAAGAAACAACUCGACGACGAGGUUCAGCACUUGACGAACUCAUAUCAAAACCUUCGGACGGCACAGCAAAAGUUUCGCGACUGUAACAUCAGCAUCCAGAAUGGAGUUGCCAAUAGCGUAAAAGACAAGCCUCUACUGGUCCCUCUCACGUCCUCCCUCUACGCACCUGGCAAACUCGCGGAUGAAGAGCACGUACUCGUGGACAUAGGAACGGGCUUCUACGUGGAGAAGACGACCGGCGAUGCGCAGAAGUUCUACAACGGCAAGAUUGAAGAGCUUGGGAAGAGUAUUAAGGAUCUCGAGAAUAUCGUGAAUGGCAAGGCGAAUAACCUGCGGAUGGUGGAGGAGGUGUUGAGGCAGAGGAUGCUGACUGGGCAGCAAGGAGGACAAGCAGCUGCCGGUGCAUCAUGA